UGUGUUGCAUUACGCAUGCGCCUAGUACCCGGAAGUUUUUCCUCAUUCCGUUUAUUAGCUGACCGAUAUCCGUGCUGUCGAGAGUGUUGCUGUUUUUUAAUUUCUUUUUAAUCUCCAGUUUGUUCGUCAAUCACAAUGUUUCCUGCAGAUGUUCAACAGAUGGUGUCGGUUAAAGAAGAAGCAACCAAAGAACUGAGUGCUGAUGUGGAUCUACAGGACCCAGAACCCCUCCACAUAAAGGAGGAACAGGAGGGGAGCUGGACCAGUGUGGAGGAAGAGCAUCUCCAUGUGAAAGAGGAGACUGACGUCACCAGGUUUACAUUCACAGUAGUUCCUAUAAAGAGUGAGGAUAAUGAAGAGAAGCCUCUGUUUUCACUGCUUCAUCAUCAGCAAAUGGAAGACAGAGAUGUUCCAACCAACAGCUUAGUUGACCAGAUGACUGCAGGAACUGUCAGAGGAGCAGAAACUAGCAAGAACCCAGAUCUGAACAAUGAAGAGAAUUCUAUUUCUUCAGAGACUGAAGUCAGUAGAAGUGAUGAACAAGAUGAUGAUCUGAAUCUUGACUCUGGUCCUGAAACUGAAGAUGGAGACAAUGACUGGAAGGAGAGCAAGACUUCAGUGUCAGGAGAAAACACUGUCAACACAUCAUUUAGCUGCUCUGAGUGUGGGAAACAAUAUCACUUUAUUGCAGACCAUGAAGAAAUUAGGUCUUCAAACUGUUUGGUUAAUAAGACAGACUUUAGUUGUGAGUGUGGUCAAAUAGUUUACCCAAAAAGUAAUCUGAACCUACAAAUAGGAAUCCACUCUGAAGAGAAGGCAUUUGAUUGUGACGUUUGUGGACAAAGAUUCAGACAGAAGUCACAUUUAGACAGACACGUGAGAAUUCACACUGGAAAUAAACCGUUUGAAUGUGAUGUAUGUGGACAAAGAUUUAGAUGUAAUUCAACUUUAAAGUCACACGUGAAAAUCCACUCAGGACAGAAGCCAUUUAAAUGUGAUGUUUGUCAAAAAAAGUUCAGACAUAAGACAACCAUAACAAGACACAUGAGAAUCCACACUGGGCAAAAACCAUUCAAAUGUAAUGUUUGUGGACAAAGAUUUAGAUGUAACACAACUUUAAAUGCACACCUAAGAAUCCACACUGGGGAGAGACCAUUUGAAUGUGAUUUUUGCGGACAAAAAUUUAGUCGUAAAGCAAUUUUAUCCUCACACAGGAAUAUCCACACAGGACAGAAACCAUUUCAAUGUGUUGUUUGUGGACAAAGAUUUAGCCAUAAAACGACUCUGAGUGCACACAAGAGAAUUCAUACUGGAGAGAAACCAUUUGAAUGUGAUCUUUGUGGACAAAAGUUUAGUCGGAGGGCAACGUUAAAUUCCCAUUUGAUGAUCCACACAGGACAGAAACCAUUUAAAUGUGAUGUCUGUGGACAAAGAUUUAGUAGGAAAACACAUCUAAAGGGACAUAUGAGGAUUCAUACAGGCCAGAAACCAUUUGAAUGUGAUGUUUGUGGACAAAGAUUUAGCCAUAAAACGACUUUGAAUGCACACAAGAGAAUUCACACUGGAGAGAAACCAUUUGAAUGUGAUGUUUGUAGACAAAAGUUUAGUCGGAGGGCAACGUUAAAUUCCCAUUUGAUGAUCCACACAGGACAGAAAUCAUUUAAAUGUGAUGUCUGUGGACAAAGAUUUAGUAGGAAAACGCAUCUAAAUAGACAUAUGAGGAUUCAUACAGGCCAGAAACCAUUUGAAUGUGAUGUUUGUGGACUAACAUUUCGUCACAAAACAAGUUUAAACUCUCACUUGUUAAGCCAUACGGGGGAGAAACCAUUUCAGUGUGUUCUUUGUGUACAACGAUUUAGUCGUAAGACAAACUUAAACAGCCACAUGAGUAUCCAUAUAGAACAGAAACCUGUUGAAUGUGACCUUUAAAAAUAUAUCCACAAAUCUAUUUAGAACUCGCACACAAAGCACACAUGCAAAUACAUCCUAGAAGGAUGAAAGUUUACCAGUUCACAAGACAUGUCCCAAGUAGGGCUGGGACGAUAUGGAAAAAAUCUAGGGCUGAAACGAAUGAUCGAAUGCUUUGAUUCAAUACAUUUCUCAAGUUUCUUUUUACUGAUUUGUUACUGAUUCGUUAAAUAUGCACACCACAGCCGGACUCUUACACUGACACAUUUUACUGAUGCACAACUUGGUGGUCACGGCACCAUGGAGGAAUUUGGAGAAAAUGACAAUGACAAAAACUACACCAGGUGGGCUAAUGCUAACGAGUAGGAUUGAUAUUUCAUAAUGCAAUUUUUCAUGAAGCUUUAACUUGUUCUUAAAGGGCCACAAAGGCAUUAUGAAUUGUUUUUUGAUUCUUUUUAUUUAUUGAAAACAUCAAUAUUUUAAUAUGCAAAACAGUUUGCAUGCUAGAAACAUUGCAGAAACCAAUUAGUGUAACACAAUUUUUUGUAUUUCAUUAAAAGGUGGCAUUUCUAUGGAA